CUUUCUCUUGCUUUACUUUUCAUCGUAACACCACGAUCCUCUUUAUUGCACGGGAAUUUGAGCUGGCGCAUCCACGACCGACGUCAUUUCCGCAAUGGGCUUCUACGAAUCCCAGCUUACGCUGCUCAUCGUAAUCACAGUCCUUCUCCUCCUUCUCGAGCGUCGCCUGUCUUCUCGUGCAUCCACAAUCUCACAAACAAAAGCUACGCCAGACCCUUCAGCGACAUCAGCCGCCAGCAGCAGAGACCACCUAGAUGACGCUCUUGAAAAUGGGGAGGCCCCGAGUGUGCUCUCCUCCGACACCUCAGACGCAGACUCAGACAACCCAUUGCUCAGCAGUACCACUGGUACGAAGAAUGCUGGACGUGCGAGCACUGUUGCGGGCGCGAGGGCUGCCGCGUUGAGGUCAUUAAUGAGGAAGUACCUGACCGUCUAUGCAAUUGUUAUGGGUGCGGACUGGCUUCAAGGCCCGUAUGUUUACUCGCUUUAUCGCGAGCAGUACGGCUUCCCGGAACAGACCGUCGCUCUUCUGUUCGUGACCGGUUUCGUUAGCGCGGGAUUGUUUGCGCCACUCGUAGGUGUCUGGGCUGAUCAAUACGGUCGACGUCUCCUCUGCCUCCUUUUCUGCAUAACCUACACCGCCACAUGCGCCCUCCUCCUCAUCCCCUCCUUCCCCAUCCUCCUCUUCGGCCGCAUCCUCGGCGGUAUCUCCACCUCCAUCCUCUUCUCCGCCUUUGAGAGCUGGGUAGUGAGCAGUAGCUCGACCAUGGGACUUGGAAGCGAUGAAUUAAGUAAGAUCAUGGGCCGCGCUACUUUGGUCAACGGGUUUGUUGCCACGGCUGCUGGGGUCUUCUCUAAUAAAUUGGUCGAAUGGAACUCCGGAGGGUUCCGCUCCCCUUUCGUCGCUUCCGGAGCACUCCUCCUCCUCGCCUUCGUCGUCAUCCGUGGCUCAUGGAACGAAAACUACGGGGCCAACCCCUCGUCAUCCCCAGGUCCGAAUGCAGCCACCCCUCCCACGUCCGCUUCUGAGAAAUUGUCCUGCGUGAGCUGGAAGACCACGAUGACUUUGAGUGGACUUGCGGAUUUGUUCCAGGUGCGGAGGUUGGGAAGCGCGGGGAAAAUUGUGAUUGCUGACCCAAACCUCCUCGUCCUCGGCCUCACACAAACGAUCUUCGAAGGCUCAAUGUACCUCUUCGUCUUCAUCUGGGUUCCAUCCCUGCAAGCCUCCUCAGCCCUCUCCAUCGCCGCCGAAGGCGCAGCCCACGCUCACGAAAGCGGAAACGACACCCUCCCGCUCGGCUACAUAUUCUCCGCAUUCAUGAUAAGCAUGAUGCUCGGCUCGUUGAGCUACACGUUCAUUACCGCACACUGGCACCGCCCGACUCCUUCCUCGUCUACCCCUUCCACAGCAGUAUCGUCUUCUGCAUCGUCAACGACCGCAGCGGGCGUCCCGCCACCUCUACACACACACGCUCGAUCCGGGUCGACGGCGAGUAUAACGACGCCCCUCUCAGGCGCUGCACAAACGGACUCGACUCUCGUCCUCCACGCCAAACUCUCCUCCCUCGUCUGUGCGCUCUCCGCACUUGCGUUCGCCGCGUCCGUUUCGGCCCCGAAGAUAGCACGACUGGCUAUUAGUAUUAUCGGGGUGGGCGGAGGGAGCGGAGGAGGAGGGGAAGGAGAGAAGAUGGAGGAACAUGUGAAGUUUUGGGCGUUCUGCGUUUUUGAGGGGUGUGUGGGGAUGUAUUAUCCUGUGCAGGGGAUGUUGAGGGGGACUUUGAUUGGGGAUGGGUAUAGGGCUACUCUCGCAGCACUCUUCCGUGUUCCUCUCAAUAUAUUCGUCGUCGUCUCUCUCCUCACCGGCGUCUCUUCCUCGGCACGCGAAGUCGUCCUCUCAACAUGCGCAAUCGUGCUGGUGGUGGCGAGUUUGGUGACGGCGGUGGUGGUAGUGCCGAGGGUAGAGGGACAUGUCGCCGGAAGGGGCCCAGGAGAGGAGAGAACAGACAGAGUUGACUGA